AUGUUUAUUUUUAAUCAUCGCGCGAAUUUCCUUUUCGAUUAGAAAUUUUCAUAAUCAAUUUUAUGCCAUUUUUGUACUUUACGUCGCGGGAGUAGUGCUUUCUCUAUUUGAAGAGGUUCAAGUAAAUUCAACAAGUUACUUGAAUUAUAAAUGUCGAAACACCUCCAUUCCACUCACUUGAGUUGAAAGAAAGUUGAACAAAGUACGAUGUCAACGCUGCCGGCGUGUAAUAUGCUAUAGAACACGCGAAUAACAAAUGGCAACCAAGAGGAAGCCGCUACACUCACAAAUGGGGGCCGCAUCCCAGCGUCCGAACAUGAACUUUCGACCGGGAAUAAACGACACAACGGCUAGAGCCGAGGCUAAAGGCACCCGACCAACGGCAACGCCAACAUCGAUUCAAGAAGUUCUCACAAUGAUGGUUCUGCACGUCUGUAAAAAAGUUAUUUUCUUCGACACGAACCUCAAAGUGCCGCUAUAUCUGGGGAGCUUAUUCUUCGUGUCACUGGUUGGAGAUUUCUUGCCGUACCCUAAAACGUAUUUAGCAAGAUCGGACAAUUUAUUCAAUGUGUACUUUGUCAAAAUGGGAUGGGCAUGGACAUUGUUAUUCUCGUUGCCUUUCCUGGCCAUGACCUCCGUGACGGUGUGUUGUGGGAAUCAUCAGAGACUGGUACGGAAUCAUCUCCCCCGAUUGGGAAUAGCCACCGGAUUUUGGUUUGUAUGGACCAAACUGUUCAACUUGAUCGAAUCGUCUUAUGGCCGCUGUAGUGUUCGAGGAUUUGACUCAAAAUCUGGUUGCCUCAAGGCAGGACAUCUUUGGAAUGGGUUUGAUAUUUCUGGUCAUGCUUUUAUUUUAAUUUACUCCAGCUUAAUUCUUAUGGAAGAGGCACGAUCUAUUAUUGGCUGGGAGAGUAUCAAAGAGCACCUCAGAAAUGAAGAGCACAAUCGUACAAAGCAAGACAGCACACAAACCACGAAUCCGUUGAAGAACCUUAAGGACGAUGAUUUAAAGGCGUUGAAAUACUUUUACACAAGAUUCACUCCUACGAUUCGAUUGUUGUUUGUGGGGAUGACCAUGUUGCAGCUCCUUUGGGACAUUAUGCUUGUCGGCACCAUGCUUUACUAUCACAGAAUGGUAGAAAAGGUUCUUAGUGGCAUAAUCGCAAUUCUGACGUGGUUCAUUACGUACCGCGCAUGGUAUCCUGCAUCAUCGCUACUUCCCGACCCGGUUGGUAAGGGAAUGUUCAACUAUCAGUCGGCAGCAAAGUCGGCCGAGAUUGGCCUCCGGAGAAGAGCUAGCUUGCUGCAACCGAAUACUUCCCAAACGCAGGACAUCCCCAAGUUCAUGGGAAUGCCACUGUACACAGCGAGACAGCAGCAGAACGCCAGUGCAUCGGCUGCCGGGCUCGGAUCACCGGUCGACACCGCCGGAAGCCCGGGACAAUCUUCCUCCACAGCGCCAACGACAUCUUAUGUGAGUAAUUUGAAUGCGGGGCGAUUGGGAUCAGCAUUCGGCGAGGUGAACAGUCCUCCCUAUACUCGAUUUCAAGGGAAUGUACACCGCAGUAGGUUUGAUUGAGAUUUGUAUAAUUGUUCGUUAGAAACUUAUAAGGCAAUAGCUUGACAAUUAUUUAAUGAGUCUAAAUUUAGUCGCUACUCGAUUACAAGGCAUAUUCUGGUCUUUAUUUUGCAACCGAUUUGUUUUAUCGUGGGAGUUGAGGUCAAAUAAGAAUGGAUGAGUUUUUUGAUAAUUUUCAUAUCAAUAAUAAAACUAAUAUAUAUAUUGAGCA